CUCUCCCUCCUCUUGUUCACUUUUUGGGCUGCCCGGUAGCGCCCCUGGAUCAUCCCUCCUUCCUUUCCUUUCAUUUUUCCCAGCAGGUUGGUAGAAUUGUCCCCGGCGACACCUUUUAGUACGAAUCAAAAAUGCGUUUCACUGCGUCCUUCGUUGCCCUUCUUUCAUCCCUCCUGGUCUCGGCCGCACCCGUCAGCCGGACAGUCACCGACAACAACUUGUUGGUCCUCCAGUUCGCGAACGUCCUCGAGCAGCUGGAGACACAGUUCUACACGCAGGCCCUUCAGAAGUUCCAGACAAGCGACUUCAUCUCCGCAGGGUUCUCGUCCGCGCAAAUCCCCAUCGAAGCGUUCACCGCGAUUCAGUUCGAUGAGGCCACGCACACGACAAUUCUCCAGGAAACGAUCGUCUCCCUCGGUUCCCAACCUCUGAACACUUGCUCGUUCGACUUCUCCUCAGUCCUCACCGAUGUCACCACCAUGGCAGCAACAGCUCGUCUGGUCGAGAACGUCGGUGUUGCUGCUUACCUCGGCGCUGCCCACCUCGUCACCGAUCCUACCAUCCUGACGGCCGCAGCUUCCAUCAUGACCAUCGAGGCCCGCCACCAGACCGUCCUGAACAUCCUCGCGUCCGGCACUUCCAUUCCUCAGGCUUUCGACAUUUUCCUGUCGCCCCCUGAAGUCCUUGCCAUUGCGGGUGGAUUCAUCUCAGGCUGCGAUCUUGGUAUCCAGGCUAACCCGGCUCUGUCUCUCACGAACACGGGUUCCGUCGGCGAGGGCACCCUCUUGACCUUCUCGUCCCCGGCCAUGACUGGCAGCACUGACGGUAUGUUCUGCCAAAUGAUCGCCGGCGGUUUCCCCUUCUCGAUCUCGCUCCCCCUCAGCCAGUGCAACGUGCCUGCUAACCUCACCGGCCCCGUCGCGAUCUUCAUUACGUCGGACAACCAGCCCCUGAACAACAACGCGCGCGACCAGGCUACCGACAAGAUCGUCGCCGGGCCCACCAUGGCGUUCAUCGACAACAAGCCCGAGCUGCUCAGCAGCCUCGUCCGCAAUACCGGCAGCAGCAGCGGUAGCAGCAGCAACUCCGUCGACUCGACCACGACGAUUAGUCCCUCGCAAGCCAGUGCCAUCAUCAACAGCGCGUCUGCCGCCACUGCCACCGCCUCCGUGACCGGCUCUGCGUCGCCCGCAUCUGCAACGGGUUCCGCGUCUGCUGCCGCCUCCACCGCAUCUGCCUCGUCGUCGUCGUCGAACAACGCUGUUCAGGCCGCGGGGACGCUCGGCGGCCCAAACCUCUACGUUGGCCCUAGCCCAGACGGCAAGACGAUGGUGCUCGGCUGGAGCACGGUUCCCGCCCCACAGUAAAUUUACGGUCGAAGGGGCUCGCGCCCGGAGGGGCAUGUGUACUUGAUGGACUUUUACUGCAGAUCUAGUAGGGUUUGGGGUUUAAUGGACUGAUAUGGACACUUUCAGGUCCUUGACGGACGUGCUAUCGCUGCAAUGCUUUUUUGAUUUUCUGUACUUACCACCGGGCUGGAGGGGUCCAUUGGUCGGCGAUCCAUUUUGUUGAAUGGACUUGGCACCGACGGGAUGAUCGUCGCUCUACAUUACUUUACCUACUGGAUGUGCUCAAUUUUAUUCUCGUGGGGAUGAGCGCGAUGUUCCGCUUGCUCUGG